AUGUACACCAAGGUCCUCAUUUCCGCUUUGGCCGGCGCCACAGCCGUCUCUGCCCACGGUUACGUUCAAAGUGUUACCACCGGCGGCGAGACCAUCAACACCUUCUACCCCCAGCCGGGCCCGGGAGAAGCCCCGGCGCCGGAUACCCCUGGUUGGAGAACCGUCGACCUGGAGAACCUCGAUUACGUGGCCAUCGGCGCCGUCGGCGACGCCGACAUCAUCUGCCACAAGUCCGCCACCCCCACAAAGCUCAGCAUCAAGGUCGCCGCCGGCGACAAGCUAACCCUCGCCUGGAGCACAUGGCCCAUAAGCCACAGGGGCCCCAUCAUCGACUACCUCGCCAAGUGCGACGGCGACUGCUCCAACGCCACCAAGACCGACCUCAAGUUCUUCAAGAUCGCCGAGAAGGGCCUCACCGGCGGCUCCUGGGCCACCGACGAGCUCGCCGGCAAUGGCGACAAGUGGGAUGUCACCAUCCCCAGCGACAUCGCCCCCGGCAGCUACGUCUUGCGCGAAGAGAUCAUCGCCCUCCACAGCCGCGACGGCGCCCAGUUCCACCCCCAGUGUAUCAACCUCGAAGUCUCGGGCAGCGGCUCCGCCAACCCCGAGGGCGUUGCUGGCACAAGCUUGUACACCGCCCAAGACGAGGGUCUCCUUUUUGACGUCUGGAGCGACGCCACCAGCUACCCGAUCCCCGGCCCUGCUCUGUACAGCUCCACGAAGCGCCGCGACCACCCCCGCAGCCUCUUCAUUGUCAACUAA